CCAGUUUCAUUUGUAUUUGGAACGCCGGACCGGAAAGAAGGACUCGCGAGCAGCUUGGCAAACGGGCGAUCGAGCGAGCUGAGCGCAGUUUUUUAGCUUUUAGCGCCCUCUCCUCAGUUCAUUUUCAUUUUUGAUUUUUUGAUUCAAUUAAAAUAAAAACCAAAAAAUAUUUCGGCAAAAUAAAAAAUUUUUUGGCAAAAAAACAAAAACAAAAACUUUUCGGCAUAAAAAGAAAUUUGACAAAAAUUAAAAUUGAAGAUUUGAUAAAAAAAAAGACAAGCAAGAAAACAAAAUUUUCGGCAAACGUUAAGAUUUAUGAGUUUAUCAUUUGAAUUGUGUGCAAAAGAAAUUUAAAAAAUAAAAUAAAACAAAAAGUUUUGAGUUACAUUUUGAGUUAAAAAAACGAAAAAUAUUGAAAUAAAAAAAUUAAAAAAUACAAAAACGUGACGCGCGCGUAAGAAACCGACGCAGAAAGCUUACGUGUUGAAAGUGCUGCUGCGCGCGUGCAACGAGACAAAAUUCAAAAUUCGAAUUUCUGCGACAAGCCAACGGCCGCGACACAGCGCGCCGCGCCGUGCCGAAAACAAGCGCAAAAUAAAUAAAAAUUCUAUAACGUAAAGUUUAUUUACGCGCCGGGCAGGCGAUCGCAGAAUUCGCCACACUCACACACAGAGAACAACAACAAAAUUCGUUAGACACUUUAGUUACGUUCGAUUCUACAUGGUUGUCUUUUAAGUUCAAUUGAGUUUAAUUAGCGAAAAAAAAUAAAAAUAAUUUUGAGUUUAUAAUGAAGUUCAGAAAACAACAAAAAUGUUUUACAAAUAUACGACAACAACAAAAACAACAAACGAUCAUUACAACGCACCAAACGACGUUAAAUAAAGAACGAAAGCGAAUAUAAAACAAACAAAAAAUAUAAAAAAAUAAAAUAAACAACAACAACAAUUAACAAAACGACGAGUAACGAAUUAUUCUUUAAAAGAAAAUAAUAAAAAAAUAACAACAAUAGCAAAUAUGAACAAAUAAGUAAGUGUCAAAAAGCGAGCAAAAACGCACUCGGUAGAACCAGGCGCGCCAGGCCAAGCAAGCCAAGCAAUUAAUUGGCAAGUGGUUUGUGUGUGCAAGCGAGUUGUGUGCCGCGCGUAUUAACAUUUUUUACUGUGUUGUAAAUUUAAUAAAAACAAAAAAUAUAUUUAUAUAUAUUUUGAAGAAACAAAAAAAAGAAACACAAGUGAUUUAUUGAAAAAAAACUGGCAAAAAUAUUUAUUACAAUAAAAUUGUAACACAUUUGCAAAAAAAAAAAAACAAAAAAUUGUGCGAUUAGCGACAGCAACAAGGAUAUAAGCAGCCGCAGUCACAACGAGCCAGCGAACGAGCGAUUGCGGAAGAACCGCAACAGCACAGUUUCCUCGAAAAACAGCAACGACAUUUGCGAGAUCUUAACGCACAGCGAGUCAGCGGCAACACGCGACGAACGAUUGUAAAAAUCGAAAGAAAAAAACACACGCAUACAGUGUUAAUUGCAGUAAAAAACGCUUUACCACAGUUAGUUGAAGACACGCAAUGUGCUAGAGUGUUAGCCGCGUAGCGCUAAGAGACAGCUGAAGUUAAAGAAAAAAAUCAGCCAAGCACACACAUACAGCCUAUCAAGUAAAGAUAUACUUUAUAGCACCGCUUAUUAACAGCAACAGUAAUAAUAACAACAAAACGUACAACAUAUGUAGUUGAUGGCCUCAAUUGAAACUGAGAUGCCGCCGAUGCAUGCGGCAGAAAGCGGUGGCGGAGGUGGCAACAAUGGUGUUGCCGACAAUGGCAGCCAAAGCAGCAACGGUAAUGCGAAUGGCGGCAGCAAUACCGUCUCCAGCGGACCGCAUUCGAAUGGCAGCGGCGUCGGCGAUGCCGGACAGACAGUUGCGAAUAGCAACAGCAAUAAUACGAUCAGUGCCGCUGCCGACUCGAGCGAUAAUCAGCCGGGCACACCGCAACCUCCCACCAAUGGUCAAUUAAUUGGCAACAACAACGAACAGCAGCAGCAACAACAACAAUUGGGGCAUAAUCCUUAUGCCAUGUACACUACGGUUGCGACCACAACGAAUGGCAGCGUUGGCGGCUUGCCACACAUGUAUGGCGGCAGCAUUUACGCAACAGCCGGCGGUCAACCGGAUAUGCAACAGCAGCAACAACAACAGCCACCAUACUCUAGCUAUCUGAACUCCUUCGAGCAGUUCUACCACCAACAACAGCAGCAGCAACAAGUGGGCGCCGCUCUCGAUUAUGGACUCAUGUAUGGCGCUGGUGGCGGCAAUAGCAAUGGCAGCAGCGAAUAUAAGUCCAAUCACUCGGCAGCUGGCAGCGUGCGUUACCAUCCCUACCUCAAUACGCCCACUUCGUGUGGACCGGCCGAUGGCAGCAAUCGAAAUGGCACGCCCGAAAAUGUUAGUAACGGCGUUGCCGGCGCUGGCGCAUUACCGCUGCCGCAGAGUAGUGCCGCAGUAUCGACCACCACCAACUCGCUGAGUCCGCGCAUAGUCAGCUCCAGCAGCCCCACAUCGACUUCGACACACAUGCAGCUGAGCGGCAGCUCCGCAACCGGUUCGCCGGGCGGUAACUGCAAGUUACAAUGCAAGAAAUGUGGUCUCAUGUGCGCUAGCGAGAAUGAGCUGCAAGAGCAUAUCACCAAUGUGCAUGGCGCUUCGCCAUAUGGCAGCAGCGGUUAUGCUAGUUCACCGUACAUCAAAGAAGAACUUUCUUCGGGUUCGCAGCAGCAGUCCACAGCAACACAAGGCGGUCAGGGUGGCAAUCCGGGUGAAUUAUUAGAUUUGGAUUCACAGAAAAUGGUUUAUCCACCCGCACCGGGCAGCAUACAAUCACUGUUACAUCAUCCACAUCAAAUGCAUGAUCCAGUUGGUGGCAGUGAUCCACUGCAUUCCAUGCACAGCAUGCAACAACGCGCUUUACCUGGUUGGGAGCAACCACAGGCGCCGAAUAACGGCAUACCGGAGGGUAUGUCACCCUACAUGCAACAGCAGCAGCCAACACAGCCGCAACAGCAAGCCGAUUUGAGCGGCAAGCCAACACACGCAAAUCAAUCGCCGUAUUACUCGCCCAAGCAGUCGCCUUAUCAUGUGCCAGGCAGCAUGCCGAACGGUGCAGGUGGCAUGGGUAUUAAACAAGAAUAUGGUUUGAUCAAAUCUGAGUAUCCAGACUCACAGAAUUAUGUGGAUAAGUCGUUCGAUCCCACUGUAACCGCUGAUAUAUGUCAACAACCCCCGCCCUCCGUACAACAGCAGCAGCAACAAAUGAUGCCGGUCUCCUCCAGUCCAGCUGAGUUUCCUUCGACCACCACUGGACCACAGGAUCCACAGCAGCAGUAUCGUGGUUUUGAGCCGCCCUCUUCGUCAUCCGUUAAUACUGUGAGUUUGCCUACCAAGGCCGCAACUUGGAAGUCGAAUGAGGCACGUCGUCCGAAAACUUACAACUGCACUGCUUGCAAUAAGUGGUUCACUAGCUCAGGUCACCUGAAGCGCCACUACAACACCACCUUGCAUAAGAACGCAGUCAAGUCUAGCGGUCAGCCAGAUCCGGCCACGUUGCCAAUAUCUGCGCACCAUCAUCCCGCACGUGAUCCCACUACAACAACCAAGGCGCACAGUCGUCGCAAUAAUGCUAGUGCCGCUGCCGCAGCAGCAGCUGCUGCCGCCGCACAACAACAGCAACCACCUGCGCCGGUGCAACCGCCCGAACCGCCCAGAGGUUCGCCCGACUUUGCACAGGGUGCGGGUAUGGGAAUGUCGCAGUACUCCGCUUCACCUUCGCCGACACAACAACAACAAGUGCAGAUGAACGGUUUGCCGUACGGCGCCAAUCCAGGCGGCUAUCAGCCACAAUCGCAAUACUUAAAUCAAGUGCAGUCAUCGACGAAUAGUCACUCGCCCAGCCAUAUUAAUGUGCCAGGCAUGUCACCAAACAACAACACACAAACCGUCUUGAACGGUCACCCAAACGGGUUAGCAGGUCCCUCCGCCCCAGUAACACCACUACCAAUGCCGUCCUCCCACACGAGGGGCCUGCUGAACAAAACAACAACCAUUAUCACAAAGAGCGAACCCUUGGAGGACAAUUACCCGCACAACAGCAACAACAGCACAAUGCACAUUCGCUCACCGCAGCUGGAAGCGGACUUGGACACGGAUCAGGAGUUGGACAGCACGCUGUCAUCGGAGGCGCCGGAGCGCUCCCAAAUGGACAUGGAAAUGCUGCAGCAACAACAGCAGCAACAAAUGGAAGAGGAGGCAGCAGCAACAGCAGCAGUAGCAGCGGAACAGGCACAGGAGGCCGAGGUGCAGUUACAACGCCACCGACAGGCACAAGCGGAACUGGAACGGGGGGAGGAAUUGGAGGUUUUCCCGCAUCAACUGCUGGAGGAAUUGGAGGGCCCACAGCGACAUUAUCACAACAACACGCCCACUUACAAUCCGGCGUCGGAGCACAACAUGCGAGCGCUAUCGCCCCUUAUUACCUCCCACCAGGCCUACCUCCAGGAGCAAGUGCAACGUCCGCCGAGAAUGGUGGACAGCAUUUUCUCACACAUGCAGCAGCCGCCAGCGGCAGUCACUAUGCCAGCCAAUAUAAUGGAUCCCCAAUACAACAUCCUACCUUUGGGUAUCAACACGCCGCCGCUGCUCAGCAGCAGUAUGCAGCUGCUGCCGCCGCAGCCGCCCAUCACCAACACCAGCACAGCUACUAUGGUCAAUAUGGGCAACAUCCAUAUGCUGCACAACCACCACCACCACCACACCCAGGAAGCGGUGCAGGAACAGCAGCCGGAGCAGCUGGUGUUACCAUCCAUGCGCAGUAUGCUGCUCAACAGUACCAACAUUCAGUCGCCGGUGGACCACAUCAAUUCCAUCACGCCGCAGCUGCUGCCGUCCAUCACCACCACCACCACACAGCCGCUGCUGCCGCCGCUGCAGCAGCAGCCGCAGCUGCACACCACCAACACCAUUCCAUCAUACCAGCAGCUGCAGCCGGAGUCGGAGCUGGCGCCGCUGGAGCCCACAAUGACCUAUCACACUAUUAUUGGUAAUGAGUCCUCCAGCUCCGGGGAGGAGGGUGAGGGAGUGGUCACUGUGAAUAGCAGUGGCAGUAGCGAAAACAACGAUUACAUACAAUUGUCCACAAUGGAUGCAUACGGUGGAUUGCAACAGCAACAGAUGAUCACUGCCGACGGACAAAUACUACAGUUUAUGUCCUCAUCACUCCUCGGUCAGUCGUACUAUGCAUUGCCGCCGCGGACCACUAUACGUGAGUCAUAUCCACGUUCACCGCAAGAAGGUGACUUGCCACCGGCGCAUACACUACUCGGCAACGGCUUGCACGAGCAGGAGCAAUUAUAUCUACAAGAGUCUUCGCAGACCAUGAAUGGCGGUGUAGAUGCACCGUAUUCACCAAAAGAAGAUUUGCAAUCAACCAACUCAGUUGAGACAGUUAAAAGUGAAAUGCAUGUAACCACUACAUCGCAUGAUGAGGGCUUACAUUGCUCCACCGACAGCGUUCAUUCGUCCACCGUCGCUAGCGAUAAUGUCAGCUCAUCAAGCAACAACGAGAACCUGAAUGCGACUGUUGUCGCAGCCACUGCCACUAAAACAGCGCCGGCGAAACCACGCCGGCUGGCUAAACGUCAACCGCCAUCGAAACGGAAAAUUUCGCCUUCGCAAUGCACCACAACACCGCGUUCCAUCACUCUACCGAAUGGACGUGUUAAAUGUCUGGAAUGCGAUAAGGAGUUCUCCAAAAACUGUUACCUCACGCAACACAACAAGAGCUUCCACUCCGGUGAGUAUCCAUAUCGUUGCAAUACAUGCGGUAAACGCUUUCAGUCGUCGGACGUGCAUCUGGUGCAUACCUCACGACAUCGUGCCACCGAUAAGCCGCACAAAUGCGAUCAGUGUCCCAAACAAUUUUAUCACAAGACCGAUUUGCGUCGGCACAUUGAUGCCAUACACACGGGUAUGAAACAGCAUGUCUGUACAUUGUGUGACAAGAGUUUCUGUCGUCGCGAUCACCUGCGUAAGCAUAUUGAGACGCAUUCGCGUCCCAGAGUUGUGGCCAAACGUGUGUUUAAGGCCAUAGUUAAUGAGGGCUUAUUUGACAUGUCCACACUGGAGAAACCCUAUAGACCACAUGAGGAACAGAAACAGAACCAAGUACAAGACGCAAACAAUGUCGAUAUGGACCAGUGCACAGAACCGAAACAACCGAAAGCUAAACGCCGAAAAAAGGAUACUACCGCUGCUGUUGAGUGUUUAAUACAAGCAAAUAAUAUUAAGCGCGAGGGUGUCGAGAUGCCACCACCACUCUAUACAGCACCACGCCGACGUUUAACGUCGACCACAGUUAGUGGGGCAAUGGACGAGGGCAACUACACGCUAAGUUCGACGGAUGAGAGUUACUUAGAGAACGAUAGCCAAAUAGAUACCGACAGCAAUUGGGGAGAUGAAGACACUAGUUAUAUUGUUAAAGAGGAACCAUAUGCCGAUGGCAUACCAUACACCAAUGUUAUGGCAGAAAAACAGCUGUCGGCAUACUUUUGAGCAAAUCACAGCGGGUUUCAGGGGAAAGAUAUAACAGAAAUACAGAAAAUGUAAUGUUAAUUUUGGGUCAGGUGAGCGUAUUACAAUAAAUAAAGAUGAGGUAGAAACCCAACACAUACCAUUCGAGUUAUUUGUGUGUAGAAUAGUAAAAAAAACAGUAGUAGAAGUAGGACGACUGACAAUUCAGAGUUUCUGAAGUAGUCUAUGAUAUUUAAAUAACGCUCACCGGUACUUAGAGCACUCAAACGUCUCAGCAUUUGGUGGAACGUCUGUGUAGCUCUAAGUAAUAGCCAAUAAGAACCGGUGUACCAAGUGGUUAGACACUUAUGAGAUAUAAGUUUUUCGAAAGUCUGUGUUAUACUUCUAUACACACGGUCUUACAACUAUGGUACACCGUUGAGAGUAGGGCGACGCAGACUGGGAAAGGAAAGUCUGUGCUACGGAGUUACCAUACUCCAGCAAAGUCUAGUUCUCAAGUACGGGUUCGCUUCAAAGCGCUUAGAGGUCUUAGAAUCCCCAACUUCUUGCCAGAGCUACCAAAUUUGAAAGGUUUAUAGGCUCAAAAAGCUCCAUGAAGGUGCUGAAGAGUCUGAGUCUUUCAAGUUCAAGCUUUGGAAAACUAGGGCUUCAUUUAGACCUCACGAAGUUGACGUUUUUAUGUAGGUAGAACUCUGCGUUCGGUCAGAGCUUUUAAGUCUCAGCAAAAAGUCUGUAGGGUUGACGAAAAUCGAACUCUUAUUGAAAGUCAGGAGCUCCAAUUUCUUUGGAGCUUUUCGACCAUAUUUCGUGUGCCUCUUAAUAACAAAACAGUUAUAUUUCAAAUGUAGUUGAAAUAAACUGGCGACCAGACAAUAAACGGAUCGGAGUAACCGGGGCGAUCUGCCGUUACGACAUUCCGUAUACAAGUAAAGCGCUACGUUAAGUGACGUAGCAAGCAAAAAGCGAGGCCACAGCGCCUUUUUGGUGUGAAAGUGGGGGAAAUUAGCGGCGAGUCCACUAAGUAGAAAUUAAUAGUUUGAAUGUGUGUUAGAAUUUUUUAGGUUUAUAUAGUAUUUGCUUGUCUAACAGCCGACCGCUUCGAACUUGUGCGACUAGCAGUAGGUACUGUGCACUGGUACAUGCGCGACCGACCAAAAAACGUACGUUUAUUUGCGGCCACAGCUAUUGAAGCCGCUUGCCAAAUGCAACCAAAACCACCUCAAAAUGCCAUAUUUACAAGUACAUAUAUAGAAUUAUAUGAAUUUUGAAUUUACAUUAUUAUUCAACGCAAAUACCUCAGCAACAAAAGAAUGGAACCAUACUCAGGGUAGUUAACUAAAAAAAAAUAUAACAUUAUAUAAUUUUUUAUAUAUUUUUUCAGUUGAAAAGAAAAUUAUAAUUUUUUUUUGUUAAUUACAAAACCUCAUAAUUUUAAUUACGCUCAAAACCCAAUAUAUUAACUAUUUUUUUUUUGUAAAUUGUUUUCAUAAAAGUAUUUUUUGCAUUUACAAAAAAAGUUUUUUUUUUAUAAAAAAAAAUUUUGUAU